GAGUUCUCCAAAGAAAUGUAAGUUCAGGGAUGACAAAAUUUUAUUGGGAUUUUUAAAUCGAUCCGGAUCGUUGGCGGAUGUAUCGAUUUUUUCUAGAUUGUAUUUAUAAUGAAAAAAUAAAUACAUUAUAUGAAAUGAAGAUAAAAAUCAUAACUGGGCUCUCACCAGUAAAAUCAGCUUUUUUGUUCAGGGAAUUUGCUAAUAAUAAUCAUUUUAUUACUGUAUCAGAGUCAGCUCAGGUGUGAAAUAAGCAUUUUUUUUUUCAAAAUGUUUGCUUGCAAUGCUUCAUAAAUAGGGAUAGGCUUACAAACUUGGGAUUAUUUUUAAGGCGAUGGGCUAGCAACCUGUCACUAUUUGAAUCUCAAUUCUAUCAUUAAGCCAAAUAGCUGAACGUGGCCAUUCAGUCUUUUCAAAACUGUUGGCUCGUGACCACGUAUGUAUGUAUGCUUCAUAAAUAAACUUUUAAAUAAAUCGAAAGACGAUUUUCAAGGGUGAAGCAUUGAUUUCCUGGAUCGAUUCAGAACUGCAUAUAUGAUUGAUUUAAGAAAUCGAUCUUUUGGGACAGAAAAAUCGACUCUUCGAUUAAUCGAUCUCCGAUCACAUCCCUAGUUUUCUCAAUCAAGCAAAGAACAAUUCUUUUAGGUUAAUAUUUUUGUAUAAAUGAAAAUAAAAAUGUUUUUAUUUCUCUAGUACUAAAGUUUGAUUGGAUAAAUUUAAAUAUUUUACAUACCUUGAAAAAUUUAAAGCUUAGGAAUGUCGUUUUCAUUUGGAGCCAAUCUUUCUACACAAAGUACAGGGUUUGGAUCUGCCGCCAAACCUUCUUUUUCAUUUGGAAGUACAAACACUGCCACCACUAGUACUGCUGGUUUUGGGGGAUUUGGUACCAGUACCACUUCGUCGGGCUUUGGUAGUUUUGCACCAACAAGUACAGCUACUCCAUUUGGCGGACUAGGCACAACCCCAGCUUCAACUGCUCCAUCUCUAUUUGGUGGGACGGGGUUUGGUGCAACUGCUGCUAAGCCUUCUACAGGCUUUGGUACUGGAGGGUUUGGUACCAAUACAUUUGGAACAGGAACUUCUACAUUUGGAAGUGCUGCACCAACAUUUGGCACUAAUACCCUUGGUGCUAAUACAUUUGGAGCAACUGGGGGAAGUUCAUUGUUCAGUGGAGGCACUACAUUCGGGUCAACUUUUGGAUCUAAGCCAGCUACAACUGGAUUUGGUGGAUUCGGUACUGGCCUUGGAACUACAACUGCCUUUGGACAACCUCAACAGCAACAAGCUCAACAGCCGCAACAGCAAGGUCCAACUAAUGCGCACGAGGCACUGGUGGCUGCUGUCUUCAACUGUAACGUAUUUGGUGACGAGAGGGACCAAGUGUUGGCCAAAUGGAACUUGCUGCAAGCACAGUGGGGGACAGGACAGGCUUAUUACAGCCGUAAUGCACCUGCUUUGGAGUUAAAUGAACAGAAUCCACUAUGCCGGUUCAAAGCUGUUGGCUACUCCAGAAUAAGUGGGCAAGAAGAUAAGGAUGGUCUUGUGUCUUUGCAGUUCAACAAGCCUGAACAGGAAAUAAAAACCAAUCAGCAAGGUUUGACAACCUCCUUGUCCAGCUUACUUGGUAACAAACCCAAUUUAGCAGUCAAUAUUGAAUCCAUGAAGGCCAUUUCAGAGGAUAAGACACAGGUGAUAAUAUACGUAGUUGACAAGAACGCGAACGGGUCUCGCAUAUCGGCGAGCGAGCUGUCGAACUUCCUGAACUCGGGGGCCGCCCGCACGUCCCUCUCCGGGGCCGGCUGCUCCGCCGUGGCGCCCGUCACGGCGCCCUCGCAGCAGAUGCUCAAGCAGUACUUGCAGACUCCGCCGCCUGGUAUGGACAUGAGACUGUGGAAGCAAGCUCAAGCAGACAACCCAGAUCCUGAAAACUACAUUCCAGUACCCAUCAUCGGAUUCACACAGAUCAAGUUCCGCGCUCGCUGCCAGUCGGAGGAGGCGGGCCUGCAGGCGCGCUGGCUGGCGGCGUGCGCGGACGAGCUGGGCUCGCUGCGCACGCGCCGCGCCGCCGCCGCCGCGCGCCUGGCGCACCUCGCCGCCACGCUGCACGCGCGCAAGCACCUCACGCUGCAGGUGAUAGCUCGUCAGGAGCAGAAAGGCAGAGUAGGGGCAGCCCUAACCCCGGAAGAGGAAGCCACGCGUGCGCGACUACAUUCGCUGGCUGAGCAGUUGGCAGCACCUCCGCUAUACAACGGGCGUCUGAAUGAGUUACUGUGCGCGGUGAGGUUGCAGCGAAGCGCUAGUGCCGGCACCGCACAGGAGCGCUACCAACUUGAUCCAGGUGCACAAGAAGACGUGAAACAGUUCUUAACCCUCCAGCAGAAAGGCAUGGCACACCUCAUGGAGACUGCGAAGAAGGACUUGGAAGCUCUCAACGUAAUCGCAGACGGCAUGGCUCGCCUUGUCAGAGCAUAGUUAGUUAUUUUCUUUUAAUAUUUCAAGAGUUAGUUGCAGUUUUGGUUUAAGAACCAUUUUGUAAACUGUCAAUAUGUGUAUGAGGCGAUACCUCUACGCCACAGGUCGCACACAUCACACGUCACAAGAAUUCAAAGCUUAUUUAAGGCCUAUCCCUUAGUCGUCUUUUACGACAUCCAUGAGGAAGAGAUGGUGUGGGGAAGUGCCGGGCGGAGAAAUAAACGGUAGCUUUUAAAAUAAAAUAAAUUUACUAUCGCUAGGAUGCUGAUACCGAAAUAAUUAGGUUUGGGACUCUCCGGUUAUGUGUACCUGCGGAGGCCCUUACACGUAAAAUUGCAGCUAUCUCUUAUUCUAUAAAUGAGCUUCAAGACAUUGAUCUUUACUUGACAGAAUUUACCUACAUUUUUACUAUUAAGUUAAUUGUUAGUGCUACGUUUGUUAUGAAUGAUUUUUGUAUGAUUAAGUUGUAAAUUUAAACAAUUAUACUGAAUAUAAUUAAUUAUGUAAUAACGA